AUGACGACCAAUUUUAGUUCAAGUGAAGAUGCACUGCACACCACAGCCGUGUCCAUGUUGGCUAGUACCAUCUAUGACAUGUACUUAUCCUGGAACUACAGCAACUCGACUGACUGGCCAUUGAAUGCAUCGUACAAGGACACGACUGAUGUAUACGGGCACGAUACGGUCUACCUUGACGAAAACACCAUGGGGGAUUAUUUCUAUAAAGAGGGUCAAGCAGCUAUAUUGACCAUUGCCAUGCCUAUUUUAUUAGCAAUAGGCAUAACUUGUAACGCGGCGUUCCUAUUUGUGGUGGUCUCUAACAAGUCCAUGCACACCGUCACCAACUACUAUUUGGUCAACAUCGCUUUAGCGGAUAUGACGUAUCUGAGCAUCGUAGUUUCAGACAAACUGGUGAGAUACUAUUUCUCGCCUUUCUCGUCCGAUUACAGUUCGUGGGGGCCAAACGGAUGUCGUCUCAUUACUGGUCUCAUAUUCACUCCACAUUACGUAUCAGAACUGUCCAUCUGUUUGUUCACGUUUGAGCGUUACUACGCCAUCUGUCAGCCAAUGAAACGUCACCGUCUGAGCGGGAAACGCCGAACCGUUGCCAUUCUCGUCUGCGUCUGGAUCAUCUCAGCUUUGUUGGCGUCUCCGUGUGUCUCUUUCAUUGAUGGUAAGGUGUUUAAUAUCGUCUGGGCUGACUCGGUUGAGGUCACGGGCUUGCCGAGCAAGAUUAUGAAGUGCGGCACAGUCCCGAUAAUAUUUCAAGGUGGAGUCACGCUACAGUGCUACGCUUUGCAGACCAUACCGUUCUUUUUUAGCGCGAUAGUUAUUCUAGUACUAAAUGUCAAGAUUAUCGGUGCAUUGAGAAAAAGCUCCAAAACGAUGAGUUCAUCCACGAGCUCAAAAUCUGUACAGAAUCGAAAACAGAUUGUUAGAAUGUUAAUCGUCACUUCGACGAUAUUCUACGUCUGUAUCUUGCCAUACUACGUUGAUGAUAUCAUCGCGGUCGUUUACUAUUUAGGAUAUCCGGAAAAAAUUUCGCUACCAUCCAUGUUUUUACAGGUUGGUCGAUUCAUGGCAUACACCAACUCGGCGAUCAACCCUAUCGUCUAUAACGUUAUGAGCGAACGAUACAGACGAGCUUUCGUGCAAACAUUUUUUCCUUGUUUCAUGAAGCGCACAACCGACUCCAGCACACUUGCUACGAUUUCGCAGUUCGGGGUCGCUACCGGAAAACGACACGUUAGCGGGGAUGAGAACGACUACGCGUAUGACAACAAUAUCGUACUUGAAGAACCCGUGUCGAGACGCGCGUCAGAUACUCAGACGAACGGAAUUCAAGCAGACGAAACUUCCCGACAAACCGGCGAAGUGAUAUCUAAUAGAGCGGGGAAAGUGCCAGAGCCCAUUAAUAACCCGGUGUGUAGCAUACGAUGUAUGUGUUGUGGGUUGCAAAGUAUGUGUAUGUAUGAAAACCGAUGA